UGCCAUUUCGUGCCGAUCGCUACCUCCAGUGUGGCCGCAUACGAGCAUCCUAUCGAUCGAGAGUCGCUAUCGGGGUGCUCCCAUCCCAAUUGUUUCCUCACGUGCUUCGGUGUAGCAGCUCAAUGAAAGCUCCACCAACACAUGUAUGCCCCCUUCAUGCUCCGGGCGGCUGCCCCUGGCCCCGCGCUCCCCGGAGGCCUGACUGUGCUGUCAACUGAGGCCCGCCUGCGUUCUGCGAGUGCCUUCCCGUCCCGCGCCUGCAGCAGCUCCGCGUCGUAUGCCGGCCCGCACGCCUGGCCCCGCGUCACUCCCCUCGCGCGUUAUCACGGCUGCUGCGGAAGAUGCCCGCACCCAUUUUUUUGACUGUUACUGUGCCUGUGUUGUUUACAAAAAACCCAGACAUACGGUUUUCUAUUGCCGUCUGGCGUUCUUUAUUCGGCGACUGCUACCCUUACCUCCCCGCCCCUCCGUACCUUAAGGAGUUGGCGCUGCCCGCCAAGCUCGAAUAACUUGGCCCAGUGCACUCUUCGCUUCCGUGCUCCUUGUCGAGCCGCUUCCUCGGCCACCCGGAGCGGCCAGUCUUCCGUUGGCACCUCCCUCCACUUCUGCCCGUCCAGCGACGCCUGCCUGCAGUGGCAUGGGCGCGGCGGCGGUUGCCGCUCUUCCGGGCACGACGUUUGCCUCGGCAGCCUUGGUGGUGGCGGCGCCUCACCUGGUGCAGGCCAGCUCCACUCCCUCUUCUCCGGGUUUGCUUCUCCCGGGCUCUCCUCCCUCGGGACCUCCUUUUCCGGCCUCUUACCCUCUGCUCGGGCGCGUAAUCGCGGAUCGCGUGACUCCUGGUCCGGCGUUCUCCAGCCGAUCGCUUCCGCCUCUUCCCAAACCCGGGCUUCCGGCGCGUCCCCGGUCUCCAUCGAUGCGGGCCACGUCCACGUCACCGACUGUUGGUGCCACAGACGCCCUCCCAUCUCGAUCGUGCAGACCACCUGGCCGACGGCCGACCUGCGGAAUCUCCCACGCCUGUUGCCUGUCAUAUCGUGGGCAUUCCCCCUGCUGGGGUGGUGGUGUCGGCGUGCGAGGUUGCGGCGGUGGUGUUGACGGCGUGCGCGUCGGCCGUGGUGGCGUCGGCAGCGGCGCCAGCGCUGGCGUCAUCCGUGGUGGUGUCGGUGGCGGUGACUGGGUCGCCGUCAUCCGUGGUGGUAUCGGCGGCGGCGGCUGCCGUGGCGGCGGCGUCAACGGCAACGGCGGCUGCGGCGGCGGUGGUCGAGUCGGCGGCGGCGUCAACGGCAAUGGUGGCUGCGGUGUCGGCGGUAGCUGUCUUGCCAGUGGCUGCGUGGGCUCCGGGGCUGGUGCCCACAGUGCUUCCUCCUCCUCUUGCAGCCGAGCCAAACGCUCCUGCCAUGCGGCCUCGGCGUCGGCGACCUUUCGCGCGUCCACCAUCUGCUGGAAACGCCGCAGGGUGGCGACUCGUGCCUCCAUAAAUCGUCUCAUAUCCACCGGAUCCUCGGUCGGCGGCGCGACCCCGAGGCUUAUCCGUCCCUGACCCUGCGUAGCCCGCCGGACGCUCCGAUAAGCCAUCCGCGCCCUGGCCUUUCGCGCAGUCUCGUCCUCGUCCGAUGACACCUCCGUCGUGACCGUCUCGCCUCCGUCAUCGUCUUCCUCGCUCUCCGAGGAGAGGGUGAUGACCUCGGCCACGCCCUCCGUCUCCGCCAUUGGCUGGUCGUCCUCGAGCUCGAUGUCCGGAAUUUCCUCCGGGUCCUCUACACUUCCCGGGGAUGGAGAUCGCGACACCAGGGGUGACGCCAGGAGCUGGAGGUAGGAACCGGAAUCCCUACUCCAUAUCCCCCCGGGCUGUUCCCCGGCGCCGUUCUCUCGUACUUCCCGGACGUGAAACACGUGUGCUGCCAUGGUGAUCUCAAACUGAAAAGACCAGCUCGAGCCGCGCUCUCCGCGACGAAACCACGGUUUUGCUUCUGCUCCUUGUGCCGUUAUUCCGUGGGCCUGUACCGGUAACGGAUCUUUUCCCGUCCGUAUACUCGCCUCCCACGGAAUCCGCAGCUGUGUGUGUGUGUUAACCGUUAACGGUUCUUGGCUGCGUACCCUCCCUGUCCCGCUCUCGCGCUCUAACGGGCCUGUGUGUGUGUGUGUUGCUGACUUCUGCUUCGUAUCGAUACCUUGUAUCGUCUUCCCCCUUUCCACACCAACGAUUUGAUUUGUGUUUUUUUUUUUUUAUUCCUCGAAGUCUGGCCCUGGCCCGUCGGCGCCCGAGUUACCUCCGGGGGAGCUUCGCGGGGUAUUCAAAUGCAGAAAAGAGAGGAGCUGAUCCAGAAGGUAGCCACAGUGAUCUCCGGAGAGCUUCGUGGGAUAUUCAGGUGCAGAGAAGAGAGGAGCCGAUCUUGAAAGUAGCUACAGCUGUCAGGGAAUUCGAUCGGAUUGAAUAUU